UAAUAAAGUUUUUUUUAGAACAGCCCAGCCGCCUUCAUCUUCCAUCUUCUUCUUCGCUAAUAAAACCAGUUAGGGUUUAUCAAUCUAAACCCUAACCCUAACACCAUGGCCCGAUCUCGAUCCUCCACGGCGCGUCUACUCUACACUCUCCAUUCAUCCAUUUCUGCAUCACCGAAAUCACCGCCGUCACCAAUCACCGCACUCCUCCACCUCCACCGCCACUACUCCGCCGCACCAUCUCUGAGAGUAAAGGACGACAAGGAUCCAUGGUGGAAGGAAUCAAUGGAGAAGGUACGAAACAUCGGGAUAUCGGCUCAUAUAGAUUCAGGAAAAACGACGCUUACAGAGAGGGUUUUGUAUUACACCGGAAGGAUCCAUGAGAUUCAUGAAGUUAGAGGUAAAGAUGGCGUUGGCGCCAAAAUGGAUUCUAUGGAGUUGGAGCGGGAGAAAGGCAUUACUAUUCAGUCUGCUGCUACUUAUUGCACUUGGAAAGAUUAUCAGGUCAAUAUAAUUGAUACUCCUGGUCACGUGGACUUCACAAUUGAAGUUGAGAGAGCGUUGCGUGUUCUUGAUGGUGCAAUCCUUGUUCUAUGUAGUGUUGGUGGCGUGCAAAGUCAAUCUAUUACUGUUGAUAGACAAAUGAGAAGAUACGAGGUUCCUAGGAUUGCUUUUAUUAACAAACUUGAUCGAAUGGGGGCGGAUCCAUGGCGGGUUCUUAAUCAGGCAAGGAAAAAGCUUCGACAUCACAGUGCCGCAGUGCAAAUUCCAAUUGGUUUGGAAGAGGAUUUUCAGGGUCUUGUUGACCUUGUGCAACUAAAGGCAUAUUCUUUUCAGGGUUCCAGCGGUGAAAAGGUUGUAACUGAAGAUAUUCCGGCUGAUAUGCAAGCAAUGGUUUCAGAAAAGCGACGAGAAUUAAUCGAGGCAGUCUCUGAUGUUGAUGAUCAACUUGCUGAAUUAUUCCUUAGUGAUGAACCUAUAUCAUCUGCUGAUCUUGAGGCUGCUAUUCGUAGGGCAACUAUAGCAAGGAAAUUUAUACCGGUAUUUAUGGGUAGCGCAUUCAAGAACAAGGGAGUGCAACCACUUCUUGACGGUGUUCUUUCUUAUUUGCCUUGUCCGCUCGAAGUUGACAAUUUUGCCCUUGAUCAGUCAAAGAAGGAAGAGAAGGUUAAGUUGUCCGGAACGCCAGCUGGACAUAUGGUUGCAUUGGCCUUUAAACUUGAAGAACGCCAAUUUGGUCAGUUGACUUAUUUAAGAAUAUACGAAGGUGUACUCAAGAAAGGUGAUUUUAUAACAAAUAUCAACACUGGGAAGAAAAUUAAAGUAUCUAAACUAGGUCGGAUGCAUUCAGAUUCUAUGGAGGACAUUCAAGAAGCUCACGCAGGCCAAAUUGUAGCAGUAUUCGGUUUAGAUUGUGCAUCGGGAGAUACAUUUACAGAUGGAUCUGUUAAAUACACCAUGACUUCUAUGAAUGUCCCGGAACCCGUUGUUUCAUUAGCAGUUUCACCUGUUUCAAAAGAUUCUGGAAAACAAUUCUCAAAGGCUUUAAAUCGGUUUCAACGAGAGGAUCCUACAUUCCGUGUUGGCUUAGACCCUGAGAGCGGUCAGACAAUCAUAUCCGGAAUGGGAGAGUUACAUUUGGAAGUUUAUGUGGAGCGCAUUAAGAGGGAAUAUAAGGUUGAUGCAACCGUUGGAAAACCUCGUGUCAACUUCAGAGAGACAAUAACGCAACGUGCAGAAUUUGAUUAUUUACACAAAAAACAAAGUGGAGGUCAAGGUCAAUACGGAAGGGUGUGCGGGUAUAUGGAACCACUUCCAGAAGGAUCGGAGACCAAAUUCGAAUUUGAGAAUUUGAUGAUAGGACAAGCUAUACCCUCCAAUUUUAUCCCGCAUAUUGAGAAGGGUUUCAGGGAAGCUGCUAAUUCGGGCUCUUUGAUUGGAUUCCCGGUUGAAAACAUUCGCGUUGUUCUGACAGACGGUGCAUCUCAUGCGGUAGAUUCUAGUGAACUUGCUUUCAGAUUAGCUUCAAUCUAUGCUUUUAGACAGUGUUACGCAAAAUGCAAACCCGUAAUAUUGGAACCGGUGAUGUUGGUAGAAUUGAAAGUACCGACAGAAUUUCAGGGCACUGUUGCUGGGGACUUAAACAGGAGAAAAGGCAUAAUCGUUGGAAACGACCAGGAAGGAGACGAUUCUGUAAUUAACGCCCUUGUCCCACUAAACAAUAUGUUUGGAUACUCGACAUCUCUUCGUUCCAUGACACAGGGGAAGGGUGAAUUCACCAUGGAAUACAAAGAACACGCCCCUGUUUCUUCUGAUGUGCAAACGCAAUUGAUCAACGCUCAUAAACCCAAGACUGCCGAAUAGUAAAUCGCAUGAUGGUUUUGCUACAUUUUUUUCCUAGGAGACUUCUGUUGAAUGAGAAAUGCUUGUUAUUUGUUGAGACCGAAAUGUGGUCAGUGAUUUUGUAUAAGCGAAUAAAUCCUCAUAGAACACAUUCGAUUCAGUAAGCGAUUACACAUACGGGUAUUUAUCUUGGAUCUACAUAAAGUAUAGUGUAGGACUUGUUUCUAAUAGCAACUUAUACUUCUAGUUGUACUUUAUAACUACUUGUAUUUACUUGCGUGA